GAUCUGCUCUCUACACCAGCGAAGGGAAAAGGUGACACAUUUGCUCUCAUGCAGCUCUUCAUACUUCCUCUCCUCCUCAUCCUCGGGGUGAGGAGGGGAUUCGGGACCCCUCUGACAUCGACCGAGGCCCCCAGCGUGUCCCCGGACCCCUGCGAGGGCAGACCGUGUCUGAACGGGGGCGUCUGUAGUCGGGUGGGAGAGAUGGAGGAGAGUCCGAGCACACAGAUGCAGUCAGACUUCUGGGCUUAUACAUGCAUCUGCAGCCAGGGCUUCACUGGACGCAACUGUGAGUUUUUUGCAGAUCCAUGCGCCAGCAGCCCCUGUCUCCAUGGCAACUGUAGUCAGGACGGUGAGGGGGAUGGGUUCGCGUGCGAGUGUAGUGAGGGUUACAGUGGUGUCCACUGUGACCUGCCAACCUUGACCUUUGACCUCUCCGAGUCCACCUGGGACCUCGCCACGCCGGCCACGCCCGCGACCACGACUCAAGGGUUUCAGCCAACCACAGUCCACACCACCACUCAAGCUCCGCCCACCCUGGAGCCGUGGCAACCCAAACAAGGUCAGAAAGUGGUGGAGAUACUGUGGGAGGAUCAGCAGAUCACUGAUGAAGCUGAGUGUGUGAGCACCGCAGGAGGCGAGUCUGCUGGAAUGAUGACCGUUUCCAGGGAGGUCGCUGAGGAAACAGCUGUGAAGUUGGUGGGUAAUGUGAGCGGCUCUGCUGUACUGUGGCGUGUGGGUGAGGCUGGCUAUGAGCAGUGCUCUGUUGCAGACGGCACCAUCAUGUGGUUCCAGCAGAGCUCAGACGGGCUGGUGCUGCCAGACCAGUCCCUGCCGUUCGGACACAACUACUUCAUCAGUGUGCUGCACGUUGGGACACCCUCUGGUCCAGAAGUCACUUUGAGGCUUCAUCUCAUGGUAAAAACCAAUAACUGCAUCGAGCCCGGCAGUGGAUUCAGUGACCCACAAUGCUCCGGGAAAGGGAAAUGCAUCACCCAGUCUUCUGUGGACACGUUUUACUGCCAGUGUGAUGAGGGGUAUUCUGGGAUCUUCUGUGAGGAGUUUGACGCGUGUCACAUGAAGCCCUGCGAGAACAAUGGCACCUGUACUGACCUCAGACAGAGAGAUGAAGGACAAAACUACAGCUGUACCUGCCAGACAGGUUUUGAAGGAGAGCGUUGUCAGUCGUUGGUGGAUCACUGUGUGUCUGGACCCUGCAGGAACGGGGCCACCUGCUCCAGCAGCCUAGAAGGCCCUCACUGCUAUUGUGCUGAAGAGUAUCAGGGCUCCACGUGUGAGCAGAAGAUGGAUCCCUGUGCUUCCGGGCCCUGCCAUAAUAAUGCCAGCUGCUCCCCACAGGGCUCUGGUUUAGGCUACAGCUGCACCUGUCCUGCGGGCUACACCGGACCCACCUGUGCCCAGCUGGUGGACUUCUGCGCCCUCAACCCAUGCGCUCACGGCAUCUGCCGCAGCGUCGGUACUAGUUAUAGGUGCCUGUGUGUUCCAGGUUAUCACGGUCUGUACUGUGAGGAGGAGUAUAAUGAAUGCUUAUCUGCUCCCUGUCAGAACUACGCCACAUGCAGAGACCUGAUCAAUGCCUACGAGUGCAUCUGCGCCCCACAGUUCACAGGUAAGCACUGUGAGAUAUAUAGAGACCCCUGUCUGAAACUCAGGUGCCAGAAUGGAGGACAUUGUGAAAGUGGAGGGAGAAACGCAUCCUGUGUGUGUCCACCAGGAUAUAUGGGUGAGAACUGUGAGGUUGACGUCAACGAGUGUGAGAGUAACCCAUGUCAUCAUGGCGGCACCUGCAUCGACCAAUCAAAUGGCUACACCUGUCACUGUCCUCCUGGCUGGGUCGGUGGAAGCUGUGAGAUCCAUCUGCAGUGGAAGAUGGCUCAGCCUGUGGACUCACUGACCAACAUGCCUCGUCACUCUCUGUACAUCAUUAUCGGAGCUCUGUGCGUCGCUUUUGUCUUGAUGCUCAUCAUCCUGAUCGUUGGCAUCUGUCGCAUCAGCCGUAUUGAAUACCAGGGCUCGUCCCGUCACGCCUACCAGGAGUUUUACAACUGCCGCAGUAUUGACAGUGAUUUCAGCAAUGCUAUCGCCUCCAUUCGCCAUGCAAGGUUUGGGAAGAAAUCUAGACCAGCAAUGUAUGAUGCGACUCCCAUCAGUUAUGAAGAUUACAGCCCUGAUGACAAGCCUCUAGUUGCACUCAUUAAAACUAAAGAUUUGUGAAGCAAUACAACUGCACACACACACACACACCCUGCAUACACACAGUCACUGUUCCAGCCUUUAAAAUGAGCCAAUCCGUUCAGUAUUUAUUUCCAGAGAACAGGUUUAAGCAAUGAAAAAAAAAACACUUUUGAAAUUGAUAUAUUUUACCAUUGUAAACCAUGAAGCUUUUAAUUCAUAUCAGGCACAAGGGGUGCUUCACAGAAUUAGUUUAAAGCAAGAGUCCCGAACAAAUGUGCUUUGUUUGCAGACGCAAAUGUUUUGUGGAAUAUGAGUGGAAAUGAAUAACAAGCUACACUGAAAAUGUGUGUGAGGGGGGUGUUUAACCGAAUCCUCCCACCCUCGAGACUCUGAUUACAAAUACGAUAGCAGCACUCCAAGCAAAAGCUGUAGAAUUAGGAGUAAUAGAGCUCAUAGUACAGUUAUACUGUAACUUCAUACAGAAAAAUUAAAAGAUAAGACAAUGUAGGUUGCCUUACUGGUGCAUGAAUAGGAUCAAUGGUUUGGCAUUACUCUGUAACCUUAUGUACAUGGUUGUUUGCUGUUUAUUUCUUCUUGUUCAUUGUGGUCUCUUUUGUGUCAUAAACUUGGUGUUAGCAAGGUCUUACGAUACCACUGUCCAUGUGAAGGCAGCACAACACAGUGCUUUUAAAAGUAAUGUUUGAUGGUGUCGUAUCACUGAGUAAGUAAUAAACUAGGACUCCUGUU